AUGUCAAGCAAUAUUGAUACGAAAUCUAAUACAGUUGAAGAUAGCUCAAAACCACCAGUCGAACAACCACCACCACCAUAUUCUGGUGGUAGCGAUGGAAGUACUUCUAUCACUGCUACAGAACAAACUCAACUUCUCCCAAGCCGAACAGUUACAACAUAUACUUCUCCAUACUCACCAACACAAAAUUUAACUUAUCCUCCGAUUAACAAUAAUGAUAGAUCGUAUUAUCAACACGAUCAAACCGUUAUCUUAUCGUCACCCGUAGUACCUUUAUCUGCUCUACGUACUAUGCCUGCAUUGACUAUUUGUCCUCAUUGUCAACGUUCUGUAUUAAGUACUGUUCGAUAUGAAAGUGGUGGAUGUACUUGGUUGUGUUGUGUUGCAUUAUCCUUUUUUACUCCUUUAUGUUUUAUUCCAUUCUGUGUUACCGAUUUUAAAGACGCUAUUCAUAGGUGUCCUAACUGUGAGAAAAUUAUGGCAAAAUAUUGUAGAUUUGAUGGUAAUGUUUAUCAACAUAGAGGUUAA